AUGGCGCAGGUGCAGAACUCCCUGUUCGGUUGCGGGUUCGAGGAAUCGACGCGCGCCUACGAGUCUGUGCCGGAGGCGGAGCGGGAGGCUAUCUUCGAGCAGCUGUGGGAACACGGGAACGGGUUCCAUUUCAUGUUUGGCGGAUUUAGCGACAUCUCUACCAACCCCGUCGCGAACGAGGCGGCGUGUACUUUCAUUCGGAAGAAGAUUGGAGAGAUCGUCCACGGUCCGGAGAAGGCGAGGAUUCUCAUGCCCACGGACCGGUAUGCGCGGCGCCCGCUUUGUGAUAGUGGCUACUGCGAGCAGUUUAAUAGGGUCAAUGUCCAUAUUGUCGACGUGGGUGCGGGAAACCCCAUUUCACACUUCGCAGAAAGGGGCCUUGUGACACAGGAUGGGACGGAGUAUGAAUUGGAUGUUGUGAUGUUCGCUACCGGCUUUGACGCGGUCGAUGGCAGCUACACCAGACUACAAAUCCGCGGCGUGGGCGGGAAGACAUUACAGGAACAUUGGGCUGAAGGAGGCCAGACGAGCUACCUGGGAAUCUCCGUCCCCAAUUUCCCCAAUCUCUUCGUGAUUACGGGACCACAGGGUCCGUUCACUAAUGUUCCUCCGGCCAUCGAGACGCAAUUGAGCAGGAAAGCUGCGGCAGCUGCUGGGACAGGUGGAGGAAGCGCUGGUACAGUCACUGCAACGGCGGAGAGUGAGAAAAUGUGGUUGCAGACGUUCCAGAAGAUUGCGGAAGGGAGUCUGUUUAGUGGGACUGCGUCAUGGCUUUUUGGUAGCAAUGUAAGCGGGACGAAGUCGGGGGUGCGGUUUUACCUCGCCGGGUUGAGGAGUUAUAUUCAGGUGCUGAAGAUGGUGGCUGAGAAAGACUUUAGAGGGUUUAAAUCACUUGUAAAAGGAAGCUCGGGUAGGAUGAAACUGUGA